GAGAGAGAAAAAGUUGGUUACAGACUCACAGGUGAGGUGAGGGGGGGAAGAAAGGGAAAUAUACGAAUCCAAGGCUGCCAUUGCUGCCACUCUCAACAUCAAACUCUCGUUACGCUUAGUUGUCCGCUCCGCCUCUGUGAAUUCCAUUUCCUCCAAAUACGGCAAUUCGUCUUCACCUGUCACCAUUGACAUCACUCACUACACACAAAAAACAAAAAAUAAACCAAUAAAAAAAUAAAAAGAAAUAGAGUGCGAACACGACUCUCACACACACACGACAAACUCGUUAUGCAUUUGCUUCCCGUUCAUCAACAUCUUCUUUCCGCACUCGUCGAUUGAGAUUCCAGUUUCUUCGAGAAAGCGUGUAUAUGCAUGUGCGCAAAAACAUAUGACGCGUUGCGGUUACUUCUGUUCCAGUUUGAGAGAUCGAAUACAGCCAUGGUUACGCGAUUACGAUAGCCUCCAGUCACUCGCUGUUCUCCUCCUUUACAUUCAGAUUGGGUGCGCGAUAAUUGGAUCGCUGGGAGCGUCGUACAAUGGUGUGUUGCUUGUAAAUCUGGCAAUCGCGUUGUUUGCUUUGGUUGCCAUUGAGAGUAGCAGUCAGGGACUUGGCCGUACCUAUGCCUUCCUUCUCUUCUGCUCCGUGUUGCUCGAUAUUGCUUGGUUCAUCCUCUUCAGCCACGAAAUUUGGAAUAUUUCCGAGGAUGAUUAUACAUCAUUUUUUAUAUUCUCGGUGAAGCUUACGCUUGCUAUGCAAAUGGUUGGUUUUGUGGUGAGGUUGUCUUCCUCGUUUCUGUGGAUUCAGAUUUAUAGGUUGGGAGCUUCCUAUGUGGACACAGCUUCUCGGACAGCAGAUUCGGACUUGAGGAAUAGUUUCUUGAGUCCUGUUCCCGUGACCCCUCCAGUAGCUAGGCAGCACUCUGGUGCCAAUGAGAUACUUGGAGGCUCAAUCUAUGAUCCAGCGUAUUACUCAUCCCUGUUUGAAGAUGGUCAAGAGAACAAAUUUUCAUUUGAGCUGUGCAAUCAUGACAGCACCCAAAAUGAAUCGUCUUCUGUCUCCGAAGUUGCCCAAAAGUCACUUAUGGACAGAUCUUUGCAGGCGGGGGAUGGUGAGAAUGCAUCAAACAAGAUGGAACUUGUUUAAUAUAGAGCUUUUAAAAAGCAUUUUUCUCACUUCUAUAUCUGUAUGGGAGUGGGGGUCUUGCAUUAUACUGACAACUCUCCCAUUGUAAAUGAUGCUGAAAAGGAGGAGCACAUGACUGGUACAUCUAUGACACUAAUAAUAACCGAAGUUGUUACCUCGGAGCAGUACCUGAAUAUCUUUGUCAAAUCUGAGCUGACGCUAUUCUGGUUUCAUGUGUCAAAAGAAUUUUCACUUUGCCUACAGAUUACGUAUGGGCAAGCAGUUUGGCUCGCUGUGCUUGCUUUGCAUGCUGCAUCUAGAUCGAUUUCAUUGUGCUUCGUGUGGGAGAAAUUUCCUGGAAUGUAAUACUUCGUUUCAGGGUUCGUCUUUCCUUUUCUUUAGAGAAUUAAUUAGGUGGCCUCUUGAAAAUUGAUAGAUGUGAAGUGAGUACCAAGAUUCUUUUUCAUUUAUUUUUUGGAAUUAUACCAUGAGGAGAUAGUUAUAGGGGUUAUUGAAAAUUUAAAAGAUUGGUGUUCAUUUUUAUGACAAAAAAAAGUUAGUGUCAAUAUUGAAUGAAAAUUGGAAAUAUGCUAGUGCACUUUCUCCA